CCUAUCCUUCGCCUUCCUCCUUCGUUUUCCCUCCCUCUAGAUCAGGGCAAGCGCCAGCAAGUCGACGGCCGCCCCUGUUGGGAGCUUUCUGCUCCUCAUUCGUGUGCACCUUCAGGAGGAACACCACCGUUUUGUUUUCUGCAUCCGCUACUCCUGCCCGCUGCUGCAAAGCAAAAGGAUGGCCACUGCUCGUCGCAGUUGCUGCACGUGGCAACGACGGUCGCUGGAGGCAACGUAGAUGCUGCAAGGGGGCAACAAUCGAGGAUGCAGCGCUCGUCGGCGUCUCGCGGAGCUGCGAUGACGGCUGUGGGCGCUGCAAAGGAGCGCUCGCCGGCGGCUCCAAGCGCUGCAAUGGAGCACCUAGCGGCUCCGGGCACUGCGACGGAGCGGUCACCGGCGACCCCCAGCGCUGUAAUGGAGCACUCCGGCGACUCCCUACGCUGCAAUGGAGCGCUCGGCGGCGGCUGCCGGCGCUGCGACGGAGCUCCCGGCGACCCUCGACGCUGCAAUGGAGCGCUCCCGACGACUCCUGACGCUGCAAUGGAGGUCCUAUUGUUGCAAUCGAGCGGUCGCUGGCGGCGUCCCGGUGAGUCGCCGGCGGCCGUUGCUGCACACAGGAAGAUGUGAUGUGUGUUGCUUUGCAGCAUCACCGGCGAGACAGUCAAUAGAGGACGCGGUCGGAGACAAGCGGUGAGCGACUGCCCGAUGUGAAGGGGGGAGCGAUGCUUGAGGGCGAGGCGUGCGAUGCGGACUGUGGGCGAGCGAUACGGGAUCUGAGCGAUGGUUGUGAUGGACGCAUCUAACGGUCGUGGGGGCGGCUUUAGUUUUCGUUUAAUCAACCGGAUGAUUUCAGAUUUUGUUUGCAUUUCGGAAAUUAAUCAAAAUUUCAACAAAUUUUCGCUAUCGUAAAAAAAUGAAACAUUUUUUUCAAAACAUAUUCGUUUUUUCCAAUAAUUGACCUCAUUUUAUAAGAAUUCGGGUUUUAAUAUUUUCUCCUUUUUUUACAGAAUUUUAGAAAUGCUCGUUAUUGAAUUUGCUAACAUUUUCCAAAUUCGUGAUCUUAUUUUGAAUUCACGACACUGAUACUGGGAUGGGCCUGGGCCAUGUGCGUGCUGGGAAGGUCCGUGUCGAUCUACUACUGGGCCUGGCUACGCCCGAGAGAAAAUAUAUGGGCGCACGCCCGUCUGCACCGUAUCUUGAAAACCCUAAGCUGGGGGAUCUUUGCUUUCCCCCGAACAAGAAAACGAGAGCGGCGGCGGCGGCGACGGCGGGGAGAAGAAAGGACACCGCACAGUGGUGAGGAGGUGAGAUGGACACCGCAGGGAGUUCGACGGGAAGGAGUGGCGAGUCCAUGUUUGCCGAGGAGCUCUAUCAGGCUGGAAUCUGCAUGCGGGAGAGUAUCCGGUGGAUCGAGGCCCAGGAGGGCAAGAUGGAGGAGAUUGCACAUAGCGAUUCUGACUAUGAUAAUCUUCCGGAUUUCAGAAUGGAUAUGGUCGUCUUGACGGAGAGGAUCUUCCAAUUGUGGCACAGGAUGGGCGUGGUACAGAGGGCCGGUUGGAUCGGCAAUGAAGGGGGAUCGAUGGAGACCCAGAGCAAGAUUGGCGACGGCGGAGAGAUGGAAGCUGGAGGGAAGUCGUCGAAGGGAAGCAGGAGUUCCGCAUCCCUCGAACUCGAGAAUCUGCUCCACCGUUCCGGAAUCCUUGCCGACGGAGACAGAGGCGGAGGCGCAGACAGUGAGGAGCUGCUUGAUUUCCUCGCAAUGGAGACCCAGGAGUGGAUCGUUAGCCAGUCAGACAGUCAACUCCGCUGGGAGACCGUGCCCGAAUUGACAACCGAAAUCCUGUUGAAUUUUGAAGAAGUGGUCGUUGACAUUGCUAAGGUAUUUGAAAACAAGAAGAUCCGGGAGGAAGCAAUGGCAGUGCUAAGGUUCGGCUUCAGAUUGCCGGCAUUCUCUGAGCAGAUCGAUGAGCUGAGGCACGAGAUGUGCAACUUUCUGAGAUCCUUCUCGUCAGAGAACAAAGAUAUAAGGAACACCAUGAUGAAGUUUAUUUCUGAGCCGUACCUAUCCCGUAUCAGCAAAUUGAAGUUGAUCUCUGACCGUAUCACUAUGCUCCAGCGAAUGGACUCGGACUUCGACUACAAAGUGAAAUCAACGAUGAUUAAGCUGAAAUCAGAAUCUUUCUUGUCAGCCAUGGAGGACGAGCUUCGCAGGGCAGGCAAAGAAGAUUCCGUGGAGAUGGAGGAGAAGAGAUUCACUGCUUAUCAUCUCUACUGGGAACGUAUAUGGGGCAAGGAUGGCCACAGCUUCGAAAAUCAGACGAUAUUGAGCCCCAUGCAAUUUACACAUUGCACACCACGCCACAUUCCAAUUGAAGCUGUCGCAGGGAGUACCUUGCAGAUCUACUCCAUCAAAGUCUCACUAGUAGAACCCCAAAAGUUGCCACUGGAGGUGUAUGGAGUGGUCGCAGUCCGUGAUGCUGUGGACCGUCAUCGCAACCCUCUAUUCCUCCGUUCAAGACAGCACUGCCAAAUCCUUGAAGAAAAUGAUUCUUUAUUGCACUUGACUGGCCCGGUUCGUGCAAUUGUCUCGACGGAUACUGUUUACAUCGAAAUCCAAUUAAUAGUGAAGGGCGCAACAAAAUCUGAAGAUACAGCAUUGAUCAGUACAUUUGGCUUUUACAAUGCUGAUAAUUCCUGUACCUAUCUCGCUAAAAACGCCUUGUGCACAGUGGAGCUGUGCUGUGAGCAACUUAAACAGUCGGUCCAGGCUACUAUCCUCAGUGUGGCUGUUACACCCAAACAGGAAUCAUUGCUUUUUCAUGGUGGCAGAGUUGUUUGCUAUUCAGUGCCUGAGGAUGGUAAUGAAGAUAUCGCUGCGCAAGUAUCAUCUAGGCAAGUUUUGCUGCUUGAUUCGAAAGGUGGAAGAAUGCCUAUGGCAAGCAAUGACUACCUUUAUCUGACAAGACAUGUAGUUUCUGUGGAAUUAAAUGGAAAGCUGCUAGUCCUCAUAAUGGCCGGUUCACCAUCACAGACUGAGAUUACUGCUCAAUUCCUCCUUAAACCCGAAAAAUACAACACAAGUAAAUGCGAAUUUCCCCUUGCUGAUGGCUCUAAGGCUGAGAUUACUGUUGCUUGGUCCCUUGUUCCCUUGACGAUGCCACAGUCAGGUGACAGUCGUGAGGACAGUGGAAUGGCGACUGCAGGAAAUUCGAAGGGAAGGAGCGGCGAGUCCAUGUUAAGCGAGGAGCUCUGUCAAGCUGCCAUCUUCAUGCAGAAGAGUAUCUGCUGGAUCCAGGCCCUGGAGAAGAAGAUGGGGAAGUUUGGACACUACGGCUCCGAGGAAUACAAGAACCUUCUAGGGUUGAAAUCAGUUAUGUAUGAGUUGUCGAAUAAGAUCUUCGGUCGGGUCGACUGUGAGGCCCAGAAGAGGAUCAGCACGAUGCAGAAUGCCUGUUGGAUCAGCAAUAAAGGGAAAUUGACCGAUACCCAGACAAAAAUUGGCGACGACAUAGAGAUGGAAACCGGAGGGAAGUCGUCAAAGGGAAGGAGUGGCGAGUUUGAAUUGGUGAGGAUUGGCAACGAAGGCAGAACGGUGCAGACACAGAGCAAGAUUGGUGAUGGUUGCAAAUCAGUCUCCAAGCAGUUCAAUGAGCAGGAGCAGUUCAAGGAGCUGCCAGUCAGUAACUUGAUGUCCGUAGCCGAGUCUGUCAGAAAUAAGAUUGAGAAGAAGCAGGCUGAGACCAUGACGGAGGAGGUUGUGCCGAGGGUAAGCUUCAAAUUAGGUUUGCUCUCCUGGCAGUUUGAUGAGCUGUGGGACAAGAUGAGCCUGCUAGUCUCAACAGAACCAAAAUUUCUAGCGAUAUGCAUGCUUAUUAGAGAGCCCUUCGCACGCUAUUGCUCCACAUUGAAGUUUAUCUCUGAAGUUUUCAACCGGCUUGGUGAAUGGGUGCCAGAUUUCGGAGAGCAAAUAGAAUCGAUGAGGCAAGAUGAUGAGGACAAGAAUAUGGGUGGAAAAGUUGUGAAUCCGCAUGAGGCGGCAAAGGCGGCUGAGGAGUACUAUUUCAAUGUCUACCGUAGAGGCUGGGAACGUAGGAACAGCAACUUUGGCAGCUUCGAAGACCCAACGUUAUUGAGCCCCAUGUUCUUUACCCGAAGCUUACCAGGCCACACCCAAGUGGGUACUGAAGUCGGGAGGACCAUGCAGGUCUACUAUAUUAAAGUUGCAGAAAGAGAAGGCUAUGCCCUUGAGUGGCCGCUGAAGGUAUACGGUGUAGUCGCUGCACGAGAUGUAGUGGACUAUCGUCGCAACAUUCUCUUCCUUCGCACGAGGGAUGACUGCCAAAUCCUCAGGAGACAGGAUCCUUUUUUGCACUUGACUGGCCCUUCUCGUGCAAUUAUGUCUGGCGGCAUAAUGGAACCCACAGUUACGAUUGAAGUCCACCUAAAACUUAAGGGCAUGGUGGAGUCUAAAGAUAGAACAUUGAUCAGUAAAGCCUUUUUUUAUGAUGAAAAAGAUCUUGAUAGUGGUGAUAUUAUUUCCACCCGUGUCCUUCGUGGCCUUUGUGAAAUAGAGUUAUGCUGUGAGCAGCUUGAACAUUCACACCAAGCCACUAUCCUCGGUGUUCGUGUUGUACGGGGCUCAUUGCCUUGUGGCAAUGGCAUCAAGAUCGUUUGCUCCGCACUACCUGAGGACAAAACCAAAGGCGGUGGUAAGCGCCCAUCUGGGUGUAUUUUGCUGCUUGAUUCACAAGCUGGAGAUAUGCCUGUGGGUGAAGAGGGUUAUCUAGAUCUGUCGAGGCAAGUUGUAUCUGUAAAAUCAAGAGGAAGGCUCGAAAUUCUCAUGAAGGCUGGAGAAAUCAGUGGAAGUGUCGUCUUCCCAACCAAAUUCAGCAACAUAUGUCGAGAAAGUUGUGAGCUUGGUAGUUGUGAAGUGGAGAUAACCGUUGCUUGGUCCUUGCUCAUUGAAAACCAGUAUGAUAUCUCGGUGAUGGGAGCCAUACAGCCUUAUGCAUGGGAAUCAAUUCCACGUAGGCCUACCAUGAAGCUUGUUGGCGCUUGCUGAAGAUGUUCACUUGGUGAAGAUGAAGUCAUCCUCUGCAGCGGCAUGCUAGCUAAUUGUACUACUAGCAGUAAUCUGAAAAGGUAUGGGCAAGACAAGGCAGCGUCAGAUGCUGGUUCAGUUUCUGAAAAUGUUUUUUGGCAAAGCAGAGAUAAUCACCGUGCUACCUGAUAUAAGCAGUAUAUAAUCCGGGAUGCGAUUCGGAUUUGACAGGAAGAAUAGGGACCAUGAAAAACACACUGGAUGAGUAGUCUUUCAUGUCAGUAGGAUUGAAGUCUAGCUAGGCCUGAUUAUGAGCGACCAUUCUGCAUUCCAAACAUGUACGUAGGUUCUUCAAUACAAUUAACCGUAUCUUUGUAUAUACAUAGAAAGAAUAUCGUUUACUGAUACAA